GCUUCAUUCGCGCUCCACUCGCGCGAUCCGUCAGUUCGUUAGUUGACCCAAAAUGAAAGCGGUUCUCUGUGUGCUGCCCCUGCUGGCCGCCCUGGUGGGCUGCCUGCCCGCCGCCGAGAAGGAGGGUCCGUCCUCCAAGGGCUCCUCCUUUGCCGGCAAGACCUCACAGCUGAUUGCCAUGCAGCUGCUGAAGUUCAGCAAAGACAUCGACGCCAAUCAGGUGCACUCGCCCCUGGGCGUGGCCUCCAUUCUGGGCGUGCUGGCAGAGGCGUCCGAGGGCGAGACCUACGCGGAGUUCACCAAGGUCUUUGGCUAUCCCAAGGACCGCGCCGAGCUGCGGGACGUGUACCGGCGAGUGCUGGGACGCUACCAGAACCGCGAUGCCGCCGUGGCGCUGCCCUCGUUCCAGACCUGGUUCUACAUCUACCGCAACCACAGCGCCCGGGCGGAGUUCAAGGAGCUGCUGCAGCAGCACUACUUCGUCGACGUGAAGGACAUCAGCCGGAAGGACUACGACUGGAGCGAGCCGGACACUUCGCUGCAGCUGCAGCUGCAACUGCAGCCAGAGGGCAGCGGAUCCGCAGGCGAAGAGGAGAGCGGCAGCACGGAGCAGCCCAGCAACAGCAAGGAUGUGAUCGGAUUCGAGACCCUGAAGCGCAUCAACCUGGACGACGAUGUGCCCGUGGCCCUGCCCGCCGACACCUACGGCGAGGAGGUGCUGGACAAGGAGGCAUCCAAGUUCGACCGUGAGGUGGACGACAAGCAGUAUGUGGAAAAACCAGUUGCCCAGGCGGAGGCCGAGCAGCUGCAAAGGGAGCAGCAGGCGGCCACCAGCACAGAGGCGGAAGCGGAGGCCACAACCACAGAAGCAGCAGCAGAAGCAGCAGCAGAGGCUGUGGAAAAACAGGAAAAACCAGCCGCUGCCAUUGGUGCAGCUGGGGAAAAUCUAGCGGAGAAGCAGCAGAACAAGAGGAGCGACAGCGACCAAGGGGAGAAUCAGAAUCAGAAUGAGAGUCUGAAUCUCAAUCUGGAGGAGAACGAGACGGUGCAGGAGGAGGAGAAGCUGCGCAAGGUGGUCGGCAAUGAGGCGGUGACCUCCGGUGAACCCGAGAAGGUGCGCCUGCCCCUCCAGAAACUGGAAAGUGCCGUCAAGGCGGCGUCCAAAGAGGGCCAUGCCGACGAGAUAAUGCUGGCCCUGGAGUCGCAUCUGAGCGCGGUUAGUCGGGUGUACGGCGCCCGCAGUCUGUUCCGGCAGGAUGACAUCACCUCCGCCCUGAGUGCCAACUCCAUCACGGGCCGCGCCGCCGGAUCCAAGUCCAAGAUGCUCCUGUUCAACGGCCUCUACUACAGGGGCAGCUGGGCCACGCCCUUCCACCAGCUGAGGGACGGCAGCGACGAGUUCUUCUUCAUGACCAACGAGGACGCGAUGAAGGCGCCGAUGAUGCACGCCCGCGGACAGUUCCUGGUGGCCGAUCUGCCCCAGCUGAAGGCCCGCGUCCUGUCGCUGCCCUACGAGACCGCCCGCUACGCCCUCUGCAUCCUGCUGCCCGACGAGACGGAGGGACUCCACGACGUCAUCGACCAGCUGCAGCCCAGCGACUUCGAGUUGGCUCGCCAGAGGGCGCAGCUCCGCCAGCUGCACGUCUCCCUGCCCAAGUUCCAGGUGGAGGAGACCUCGCGCUCCGAGUCGAUGCUCAAGCAGAUGGGCCUGCGGCGCCUCUUCUCCCGCACCGAAGCCCAGCUGGGGCUGCUGUCGGAGGACCCCGACGUCCAUGUGGACGAGAUUGUCCAGUUCGUGAAUGUUCGCGUGGACGAGGGCGGCAGCAGCGCCAACGCCCUCUCCGCGGCCACCCAGGCCCGCUCGCCCCAGGCUGCCGAGGACGCCGCCUCCAUCCUGCCGGUGCCCGAGCCGGAGCCAGAGCCGGGCGUGGAGCGGUUCGAGGUGAACCGCCCCUUCGCCUACUUCGUCAUGGACUGCGAGGAGCAGUUCGUCCUCGCCUCUGGCAAGGUGUACACGCCAGAGUUCAAGGACGAUCUGCCGGGCGUUUCCGUGGAGAUCGAGCUGGAACAGUCGUAGGCCACCGCCUGGCAUCGAUGCUGGCCCGAUGCUCCCUAGAUCCUAAGUUUCGUAACGAAUUUUCACCGAUCCACGCGCACAUUUCAUGCAGCAAUAAACCUACAAUUCAUUUAGCCCAA